AUGGCGGCCGAUGAGGUGGACCUUUUCGCUAAUGAAGACAAACGAACCUUGGAGCUCGGGGGCCACGUGGGCUUCGACAGUCUUCCAGAUCAGUUGGUCAGCAAAUCAGUCACACGGGGCUUCAGCUUCAACAUCCUCUGCGUAGGGGAAACAGGGAUAGGCAAAUCCACAUUGAUGAACACACUUUUUAAUACGAGAUUUGAGAAUGAAGAGGCCAGUCACUACGAGAAAGAUGUGCUUCUACGACCACAUACGUAUGAAUUGCAGGAAAGCAAUGUCAACCUCAAGCUGACCAUCGUUCACACGAUCGGUUUUGGUGAUCAGAUCAACAAUGAAGAAAGCUAUAAACCCAUUGUGGACUACAUUGACACGCAGUAUGAGACAUACCUUGAAGAGGAGCUAAAAAUAAAACGCUCCCUGUCCAAUUUCCAUGACACGAGAAUCCACAUUUGUCUUUAUUUCAUCGCUCCCAACGGCCACUCCCUCAAGUCUCUGGAUCUCCUCACCAUGAAGAAGCUCGACAGCAAGGUGAACGUCAUCCCUGUCAUUGCUAAGGCAGACACUGUAUCCAGGAGUGAAUUGGACAAGUUAAAGAUCAAGAUCAUGAGUGAACUGGUCAGAAAUGGAGUGCAGAUAUACCAGUUUCCAACAGAGGAUGAGGCUGUGGCCGAAAUCAACUCUUCCAUGAAUACUCACCUACCAUUUGCUGUGGUCGGCAGUGUGGAAGACGUUAAAGUCGGCAAUAAAAUCGUCAAAGCAAGACUAUACCCCUGGGGUUCAGUACAGGUGGAGAAUGAGAACCAUUGUGAUUUUGUGAAGCUGAGGGAGAUGCUUCUGCGUGUGAACAUGGACGAUCUCCGUGAGCAAACGCACACUCGGCAUUAUGAACUUUACCGCCGCUGCAAGCUGGAAGAGAUGGGCUUCAAGGACACGGACCCCAACAGCCAGUCGUUCAGCCUACAGGAGACAUACAAAGGCAAGAGGAAGGAGUUCCUUCAAGAACUACAACACCAGGAGGAAACAAUGAGGCAGACGUUUGUCAACAAAGUAAAGGAGACUGAAGCAGAACUGAAAGAAAAGGAAAAAGAGCUCCACGAGAGGUUUGAGCAACUAAAACGGCUCCACCAGGAAGAAAAGAAGAACCUGGAGGAGAAACGACGGGAACUGGAGGAAGAGAUGAAUGCUUUUAACAGGAGGAAGGUUGCUGCAGAGACUCUGAUGGGCCAGGCUCUUCAAUGUGCUUCUCAGCCUUUCAAGAAGGACAAGGAUAAGAAGAACUUCUUUAGUCUUCCGUCUGCGUGCUCCUUAACCUCAUCCAGGAAUUUGAAUUAG